GAUCUUUUUCUUUUGCUGUGUGAUACGCUGGGAAUCCAGUCUUUGGGACAAGAAGGGAAUUAAAAGAUGAAGAUAUGGCUAAAGCUUUUCAUUCUGGCCACCUGGCUUCCUAUUCUGUUCGCUGAAAGUUGCGGAGAUAGUCCUAAGGUUGACAACAGCAUUGCGUCUAGUUGGGGAGCUGAUGAGGGAAAACAAGUCACGUACACUUGUGCCAACGGUUACAGUCUUUUUGGAGAAAAAAAUCUUUAUUGUACGUCUUCCCAGAAGUGGCAUGCACCUCCACCCAUCUGUAAAGCUGUGAGUUCUAGAGAGUCGGAACCAGACGAAGAAGAAGAAGAAAGUGAAGCAUUAGUAACGGAGAAAAUAACACAGACUAUUUCUACAGCUGUGAAAAGUCAAAGCCUGUAUGCUGCUGUCUGCGAGGAUGUACGUAAGAUGGCAGAGUCCCUGUCAUGUGGGAUGAACUGGAUUGAAACUAAAUCUAUGUUGGAAAUGGAGAAACUCCGCUUGGAAAAGCUAAAAUUCCAGCUGGAGGGAAGGCAAGGCAACCAACUGUUGUAUGCAAAAGAGACCUGUGAUUGUGGUGUGCCACCACGUUUUACUUUUGCUGAGCUGAAGGAGGAGUACAGAAAUCAGAAUAAGUUUGCUGUUAAGAGCAAAGUGGAAUACAACUGUCGCCCAGGUUAUACCAAGGUACAACCAAAGUUAUAUCUUUGGUGCACGCUAUAUUCUCAAUGGUCAGACACCAGAGAGUUUUGCAAGGCAAAAUCAUGCCCUCACCCUGGAGAGCCAGAAAAUGGCAGACUUGUUAUUCUAACAGAUCUCAUGUUUGGUGCAACAGUAAACUUCGUCUGUGAAGAGGGGUACAGACUAAUUGGAGAUGCAGAAAGAAAAUGUGUGCUUGAAGGAUCACAAGUUACAUGGGACAAAGAGAUUCCAUACUGUCAAGUGAUACCUUGCCAGCCUCCUCCAGAAAUACAUCAUGGAACACAUACUGGGACGUCCAUGGAGGAAUUCAACUAUGGGACAUCUGUCACUUACCAGUGUGACACUGUAGAGAGGGGACAGGUUCCUUUCUCACUUAUUGGAGAGCCCUCCAUUCACUGUACAUCCAUGGAUAAUGUAAAUGGAGACUGGAGCGGGCCUGCCCCUGAAUGCAAAGUCAUUCGCUGUGAACAGCCAAAAGUUGACCAUGGAAAACAGAUGACCGGAUAUAGUCCUGUCUACACCUACAGAGCCUCCAUUCUGUUUGAGUGUGAACAUCGCUACACUCUCAAAGGCAGUGACAUUCUUAAAUGCAAUGAAAACAGUAGAUGGGAUCCUCAGUUACCAGUUUGUGAGCGAAGUAGUUGUGAUGACCCACCUUACAUUCGUAAUACUUUUCGAGAUCAUUCUAACAGCAACUUGUUUCCGGCUGGGACUGUAGUGAACUAUAACUGUGUGGGAGGUUAUGAGUUAAUCCCUGGAAUAUCCUCUGCGAAUGUUACCUGUCAAAAAGAUUUUACAUGGUCUGAACCUGAAGAAUUUUGUCAGAAAAUUAGAUGUCCAGAUCCAAACAUUACCAAUGGAAGAGCAAGACCUAGACAAGCAAUCUAUGAGUAUGAAGACAUGAUUAGCAUUGAAUGUGAGCCUGGUAAUGCCCUCAAGGACAAUUAUGGAUUGAUUAAGUGCGAACGUAAUCGUGCAUGGCAUCCUGCAUUACCAAUUUGCGAACCAGCUUGUGAACCACCUGCACGCAUCUCUAAUGGACGGGACGACCGCGGCUGGAAAGAAGUUUUCCCUGUUGGCUCAAGUGUGCUCUACUCAUGUAACCGUGGUUGGUCACUCGUUGGAGUUUCCUCCAUUCGAUGUAUAGCUGUUGAUGGGGGAACUCCGCGCUGGCAUCCACCCACCCCUGAGUGCAAAGCUUGUGAGCCACCUGCACGCAUCUCUAAUGGACGGGACGACCGCGGCUGGAAAGAAGUUUUCCCUGUUGGCUCAAGUGUGCUCUACUCAUGUAACCGUGGUUGGUCACUCAUUGGAGUUUCCUCCAUUCGAUGUAUAGCUGUUGAUGGGGGAACUCCGCACUGGCAUCCACCCGCCCCUGAGUGCAAAGCUUGUGAGCCACCUGCACGCAUCUCUAAUGGACGGGACGACCGCGGCCGGAAAGAAGUUUUCCCUGUUGGCUCAAGUGUGCUCUACUCAUGUAACCGUGGUUGGUCACUCGUUGGAGUUUCCUCCAUUCGAUGUAUAGCUGUUGAUGGGGGAACUCCGCGCUGGCAUCCACCCACCCCUGAGUGCAAAGCUUGUGAGCCACCUGCACGCAUCUCUAAUGGACGGGACGACCGCGGCUGGAAAGAAGUUUUCCCUGUUGGCUCAAGUGUGCUCUACUCAUGUAACCGUGGUUGGUCACUCGUUGGAGUUUCCUCCAUUCGAUGUAUAGCUGUUGAUGGGGGAACUCCGCACUGGCAUCCACCCGCCCCUGAGUGCAAAGCUUGUGAGCCACCUGCACGCAUCUCUAAUGGACGGGACGACCGCGGCUGGAAAGAAGUUUUCCCUGUUGGCUCAAGUGUGCUCUACUCAUGUAACCUUGGUUGGUCACUCAUUGGAGUUUCCUCCAUUCGAUGUAUAGCUGUUGAUGGGGGAACUCCGCGCUGGCAUCCACCCGCCCCUGAGUGCAAAGCUUGUGAGCCACCUGCACGCAUCUCUAAUGGACGGGACGACCGCGGCUGGAAAGAAGUUUUCCCUGUUGGCUCAAGUGUGCUCUACUCAUGUAACCUUGGUUGGUCACUCAUUGGAGUUUCCUCCAUUCGAUGUAUAGCUGUUGAUGGGGGAACUCCGCGCUGGCAUCCACCCGCCCCUGAGUGCAAAGCUUGUGAGCCACCUGCACGCAUCUCUAAUGGAUGGGACGACCGCGGCCGGAAAGAAGUUUUCCCUCUUGGCUCAAGUGUGCUCUACUCAUGUAACCGUGGUUGGUCACUCGUUGGAGUUUCCUCCAUUCGAUGUAUAGCUGUUGAUGGGGGAACUCCGCGCUGGCAUCCACCCGCCCCUGAGUGCAAAGUUCGGUGUCCAAAGCCAGAUGUGCAAAAUGAAGGAAUGGUCAAUGCCUUAGAUGAGAAAGCAUGGUACAACAUAAAUGAAAGCAUUACUUUCAAAUGCUCUCCUGGGUACCAAUUUUCAGACCUUUGGUAUCAGUCUACAACAGACACCUUGAAUAUUACAUGUUCAGCUGAUGGCACCUGGACGGUGUUACCUGUGUGUGAGAAGCAACUCAAUUCCCCACUGUGCAACAUGGUUCGCGAGAGUAUAAAGUUUCUCCACUGCGAUGUGUCUCUGACAGAACUGAGAACCCUGCUGGAAGCACAGAAACUGUAUCUGGAGAUUCAAAAACUUAAGCGCGACCUACAAAAAUACAAUGAAUACUGCAGAGCACAGACUCCCACUUCCCCUUGCCUCGUGCCUCUGGGUGGCCCUGGCUGGGGUCUGUGUUGCACAAUGCGCAGGGUGAGGAGCGGCUGCAGCCCUGCCCGGACUGCGCUGUCACCCCCAUUCUCUGAGAACUCACCUGGCACCAUGAUGUCACUUCCCUCUGGUUGGACCCUGUGGCUCCUGGGGACCCUGGUACUCAUGCUGCUGCCUGGAGGAGCUCUCAGUCAUUGUGUUGAUCCACCUGACAUUCCCAAUGCUGUUCGGAAGACUAAUGUUGGCACAUUGAUUCCAGCCGGGAUGGUGGUUAAAUAUGGCUGCCGCCCAGGUUAUGAGCUGAUUGCUGGAAUACGGCAAGGGCAUGUUACUUGUCUUCAAAAUUCAACAUGGUCUUCAGCUCCGAACUUUUGUCAGAAAAUUCGUUGUCCAGCUCCAGAUGUUAACAAUGGAACACAGGCACCUAUGCCUAGACCUGGAGAGGAGACCUAUGCAUUUGGGGACAGUGUUACAAUUGAAUGUGAUUUUGGGCAUGGUAUCAAAGGCAGCAUCAAUGGAAAUGCUCAGAUUCACUGCAGACAUGAUGGCACAUGGGAUCCUGCCGUACCAGUUUGCGAACCAGUUUGUGCCCAACCUCCGAACAUCUCCCAUGGCCAGCACAGUGACUGGAGCAAGAGAGUUUUUUUUGUUGGAUCAUCGGUAACUUACAAAUGUGAUAAAGGCUUCUCAUUUGUUGGGAAAACCUCCAUUCAGUGUAUAGCUGGUGAUGAGGUCACUCCAACCUGGAGCGAGCCUACCCCUCAGUGCGAAGAAAUUCGUUGUCCAGCUCCAGAUGUUAACAAUGGAACACAGGCACCUAUGCCUAGACCUGGAGAGGAGACCUAUGCAUUUGGGGACAGUGUUACAAUUGAAUGUGAUUUUGGGCAUGGUAUCAAAGGCAGUAUCAAUGGAAAUGCUCAGAUUCACUGCAGACAUGAUGGCACAUGGGAUCCUGCCGUACCAGUUUGCGAACCAGUUUGUGCCCAACCUCCGAACAUCUCCCAUGGCCAGCACAGUGACUGGAACAAGAGAGUUUUUGUUGUUGGAUCAUCGGUAACUUACAAAUGUGACAGAGGCUUCUCACUUGUUGGAAAAACCUCCAUUCAGUGUAUAGCUGGUGGUGAGGUCACUCCAACUUGGAGCGAGCCUACCCCUCAGUGCGAAGAGACUCAGUGUCCAGUCCCACAUACUCAACAUGGAAGCCAGAAAUCUCCACUCCCACAUAACUAUACAUACGGAACCAGUGUAAUGUUUCAAUGUGAUCCUGGUUACCUCCUCAGGGGUGCAGAGAGGAUUCAAUGCCAAGCUGAUGGCAAGUGGUAUCCACAGCAACCCGUUUGUGACCUAGGGAGAUGUUCCUACCCACCAGCACUUGCAUACGCUGACAGAAGCAAUCAUAGAGAGUUUCUAGUUGGUACCGUAGUGACCUACUCCUGCAGACCAGGUUACAAACGCAUCCCUGGAGUAUCUCCUCAUUUGACUUGUCUUACAAAUUUUACAUGGCCUAAAGUCUCAGAACUAUGUCAGAAGAUAAGUUGUUCAAAGCCUGUGGUUGAAAAUGGAAAACAGAUCUAUCCAGUUAAAACUGAAUAUACUUAUGCCAACCGUAUUGUGUUUCAAUGUGAUCCUGGCUACAUCCUCAGAGGCAGUGAGGGGAUUGUGUGCCGGAGUGAUGGGAUGUGGCACCCGCCAGUACCAUUUUGUGAUAAAACCUGUGGCCGACCUCCACCUAUCAUGAACGGGCUGCACGAUGGUGGGAUGAAGGAAUAUUUCCCCUAUGAAUCACAAGUGACAUAUAGCUGCGGAGACGGUUUGUCACUGAUUGGAGAGUCCUCCAUUUAUUGCACAUCUGAUGGGGUAAAUAUGAUGUGGAGUGGGCCUGCCCCGCAGUGCAAAGUGGUUCGCUGUCCGAGGCCUGAGGUUGAAAAUGGAAGAAUGGCUCCGACAAGGCGAGCUUUUACAUACGGUGUCACUGUUCGGGUCUCCUGCAAGGAAGGCUUCCUGCUCCAUGGCAGUAGAGAGAGUCAGUGUCAGGAUGACAACACCUGGAAUCCUCCUGUGCCAAGUUGUCGGCCAGUGCAGUGUCCAAAGCCAGACGUGCAGAAUGGAAGAAUGGUCAAUGCAUUAGAUGAGAAAAUGUGGUACAACAUAAAUGAAAGGAUUCCUUUCAAAUGCUUUCCUGGGUACCAUUUUUCAGACGAUUGGUACCUGCCUACAACAGACAGUUUUAGUAUCAUUUGUUCAGCCAAUGGCAACUGGACAGCAUUACCCAAAUGUAAAAAGCAAAGCAAUACUGAAGAAUGUUCAGGGGUACGUGAGAGUAAAGAGUUUCUCCAUUGUGAUGUGCCUCUGACGGAACUGAGAACCCUGUUGGAACUGAAGAAACUGUACCUGGAGAUUCAGAAACUGAAGCGGGAGAUUAAAAAAUUGUAAUGAAUAGCUGAAAUCUGUGAUCCUAAUUGUGUUAGGAAAGUGAAAGCAAGUAGAGGAACUAGAUUGAACUGUAUGAUCUAAAGGUUUAUUUUCAUACAAGCUUCAGACCCUAUGCAGCUGGAAAUUUAUGCCAACAACCUUCAGCUUUGCCAUAAUUGCUGCUUACAUUUAGCUUUUAUGCAUUAUAACACAUACAUUCACAGUGGGUGUAUGGCUAUUCUACUGUCUGAUUUACAUUAACCUUGGGGCAGUGAUGUUCAUAACUCCCUGUACACCACUGAAAAUCUAAGGGUUAGCAAAGCAAUCUUCCCUGUCCUCUUGAUUUAACCUCAGCUCAGCUGAGGCAUUUUUAUAUCUAAUCACACUCAAGAGUAGAUGGUAGAAAUUUAACUGCAGAGAAACAGCUUGCUAAGCUAUUUUCCCAUUGCCCAAUAAAUUGACCUAUACCUUUUGUGAUCAAGUAAUUAUUCCUGCAUUCCAGGGCCACAAUAAAAUGCAAUUGUUAUAACUUUU